GCCAUACGACGAUGUCUUGUCCUCACCGCGUCGCUAUGGAGCAUGGCGUCAUUCCAGCCCCCCGAAGGAACGCAGACACUUCACUGGAUUACAUCUUCAAGCGCCAGCUGAAAGCUAAAAUUCCAAUGAUCAAGCCAACAUUUGUCAUCCCUGAUCACUUGGACUGUGGAAUAAUCAGAUUCCACAGCAGGCGUGUGACAUGCUUGGAGUUUCAUCCAACGAGGACUCAUGUUCUUUUAUCGGGAGACAAGAAAGGGCAGCUUGGCAUCUGGGAUUAUGGUAAGCUACAUGAAAAGACGGUUUAUGGGUCCAUACACUCCUGCAUAGUCAACAACAUGAAAUUCAAUCUAGAAAAUGAUGGAGUACUGUAUACAUCAUCAUCAGAUGGGACGGUCAGAUGCACUGACUUGGAGACUGGAACCUCAUUUUUCUUGUUGGAUCUUAAUCCGGAGGGAUGGAAUGGCCCUGCAACUUGGCGCAUGCUGUAUGGUAUGGAUAUAAAUGUUGAGAAAGGCCUUCUGCUAGUGGCAGAUAACUUCGGAUAUCUUUACUUGGUUGAUGGACGGUUGAAGACCAGAAUUGCAGGACCAAUUCUAAUACAUAAGAAGGGUAGCAAGGUUGUUGGGCUUCACUGUAAUCCUGUUCAACCAGAUCUUUUUCUAAGCUGUGGAAAUGACCACUUUGCACGGAUUUGGGAUGCUCGCCGGUUAGAAGCUGAAUCUUCACUUGCCAGUCUUGCUCAUGGACGUGUUGUGAACUCAGCAUAUUUUUCACCACUGACUGGAAAUAAAAUCCUGACAACAUCUCAAGACAAUCGAAUUCGAGUGUGGGAUUCUAUCUUUGGCAAUUUGGAAUCCCCAAGCAGAGAGAUUGUCCACAGCCAUGAUUUCAAUCGUCACUUGACUCCUUUCCGAGCUGAGUGGGACCCAAAGGAUCCAUCAGAAUCUCUUGCAGUUAUUGGUCGUUAUAUAAGUGAGAACUAUGAGGGGGUGGCAUUACAUCCCAUUGAUUUUAUAGACAUGAGUACAGGGAAGCUUGUGGCAGAGGUGAUGAACACAGACAUAACAACCAUCAGUCCUGUGACGAAGCUACAUCCUCGAGAUGAUGUCUUGGCAUCAGGGAGCUCAAGGUCCCUUUUCAUUUGGAAGCCAAAGGGGGGUAAGUCUCCUGAACAACAGCUGCUUGAAGGGAAAUCCAAGAAAAUCUUUGGCAGGGUUGAGAAGAAAUCCAGUGGAAAGCUUGAUGGUGAAAGUGAUGAUGAUUUUGAUUUCUCUUCCAAGGAGAAAAAACUCAGAGCCAAGAACUUAGAAGGUAAAUAUUUAAGUGGUCAGAAGAAGGGUUAGCCAUAAGCUAAAGUUUCUAAACUUCGAGUUUUAACCCAUUUUGCGUCAACUUCUGGGUUACUAUAGAGAACUGGCAUAGUUUUGACAAAUCUGGUGGUUACAGCAAGCAUUGUAUGAUUCGCACCCUGCGUUCACUUAAAAUUGGAGUUGUGACAUGCUUUGUAAUUUCAUUUUGUCUUAAUUGUAAAUAUUUGGCUUUUAUGUCGACUCUUUUCAUCGGUUAUGAGUUGUCCCUGUUUUCGGACAUCAAUGGUUGUCAUAGUCUUGUGAAAGGAAAAGGCUUUGUAUAUUUGGCUCUAAAUGCUUUCUAGUGAAUGUUAGUAAU